CCUCGAUUUGCGUUGCAGGCGUUUUUGCGUAAUCAAGCGUGAUCUCAUCAAGCGUGAUCUCAAGCAGAUAAUCCACGCUGAGAUCCGUGCGAACACACAGCUGUUGACGCCUGAAGCGCGCGAGCAUUGCUGCCCACUUGCCCGCAGACACCCACUCUGUGCAGUGUCGAGGAGCUGGCUGCAGCGGCAGACACAAGCAAAAGCAAAAGCAAAUGGGCGUGUGGGAGCGCAAAGCGAAGGCGGGCGCCAUCGGAGGAGUGACGGGUUUCAUGGUCGGCGGCGCGGCGGCCGCGCUACAGAUGCGCGGGCGGCACGCGGGCCCGGCGGCGCUCUUUUUGGCGUGCGUUAUUGGUGUUGGCGCGGCGUUCCGGCAGACGUAGCCAUGGCGAGCAACGACGAACCGUCCUUCGCGCAGCUCGUCAUGCGCGCCGUCGCAAAGCAGAAGGUGGACCCGUCCUUCGUCGCGACGGCCGCGGCGUCGAUCAGGAAGCUCGGAUUCAAAAAGAAGGUCUUGACGGUGCAUGCCAUCGGCGGCCAGCCCCACGUUGAGGGAAAUGAUGAUCUGUGGAUCCUGCUCGCGGACGCGCUCAAGGUCCAGACGCUCGACGUUUUGGUCGUGGGGCCCGACGUGCGCGACCGCCCCGCGCGGGCGUACCGGGGCCGCGUGCGCGUGACGCACGACGCGGGCGCGUACGACGUCGACAACAGGCGCGUGUGGCGGGCCGCGCCGGAUGUGGUCAUAGCCUUCCACCCAGGCUUCUGGGGCUACGACUCGUGGCGGCCGACGUUGAUGGGGCUGCUGCGGACCUCCAUUCCAAUUAUUGUUACGAGCUACACGAUGGAGGAGGCGCGCCUCGACGUGCGGGCGCUCGGCGCGGCGACGCUCGAGGCCGGCGCUGAUGACGAUGCUGCCGACGCGGCGGCGGCGACGCUGGACUUCCUCUGGGGCCCGGAGGAAAACGAACGCGCCGGCGCGCGGCGCGUCGUCGCGUCGGCGCCGCCGGGCCACGACUACCGCGAGAACAACGUCUCGUUCGCGGUCCGCGGGCGGCCCGACCCGCGGCGGUCGGGCUAACUAACGCCAGUUUGUAACGUACCUACUAUGAUGG